GGACCCUCUCGCUACAGCAUCAAACGGCCGAUUUCUUUUCCGUCUUCUCUUAACUAAAAGCUGUUCUCGUUUUGUUUCCUUGUUCUAUCUUCCCUCGACAGCCUCGUUCGUUUCAUCAUCAUUCGUUUGAUACGAGUCAUCGACCUAGCUGCCUCAAAUUUUUGUCAUUGCCUUUCCUGGUAACUACCUCUCCUCCCGGCGAGGCUGAAAGAUAAGAAAAAGGUUUACCUAUCCAAACGCUUCUCCGAGAAGACGUGGGGAAUCAACCCAGAUAUCGAUAAUUCUAAUAAUCCUACCCGUCUAUUCGGAACUGAUACCUUUCCUUUGCCUGGUAAUCCUGCUUCUCUACAUUUUACAUUUUGGUUUUUAUAUGUAAUCUCCCCGUUACGCCUACCACCAAUGAAUAUGCCGAAGCACACCCGCUCGUCCAGCUCGAGCCAUAACCGCUACUCGAACCCGAACGCCAUGCCCGUAUCCCUCGCCCCGUCGGCUCCGGUCCCCAUCUACAGCACACGACCGUCUCUUCCCUUAAACACGGGAGGAUAUUACCCUAAUAUCGCCUCGACGUCGGCGCAGCCCCCCAUGCAGGCUCAGCCGUACGAUGGCUACCCGGCAGACGUAGUGACUCAGGCCCCGAUGCCUAAUCGUCCUUCUUCCGGAGCCUGGACUGUCCAGGAUGAUCAGAACUUGUUGGCGGCAAGGCAACAGGGCCUCAACUGGGCUCAGAUCCAAAGCAGCUACUUUCCGAACAAGUCGCCUAACGCCUGCCGGAAGCGCCACGAGCGGUUGAUGGAACGAAAGGGCGCCGAUGACUGGGACAACAGGAAGCUGGAGCGUCUGGCCAAAGAGUAUAUGAGCAUGCGCAAAGAAAUCUGGCAGCCGCUCGCAGCGCGCACGGGAGAGAAGUGGCUUGUUGUCGAGGCCAAGUGCAUGAAUAACGGUCUGAAGAACUUGCAGUCGGCAGCUCGGUCAGCAGCGCGACGGGAGAGGCUGGAAUCUGGCCAUCCAAUGCAUGGGUAUGACGACGAUAGCGGCAUUUCAGGCAUUGGUCUGACUCCAGUAGAUGACCUCGACGCCUCUUACAGCAGCCCCGAGACGACAGCGUCUAGCUCGCACUCGGGCGGCAGUAACGGUGGCGGUUACGGCGGCGCCAUGCAUCCCAUGGCUCUCAGCAGCAACCCGUACGGCGCCAAUUACACGACUAGCGCCGGCGGGCUCUCCUCCAGCUACGGCUCUUCCGUCUCCUCUACGGCCGCUGCCGCUCAUUAUGGCAACGCGAUGCACGGCUCUCAUUCUCAGGGAGGCUCUCCUUAUAUGGGCGAUGGGCAGAGGCUCCCUAGCGUCGACAUGGGUAUCGACGCCAUAAUUAAUCGACCGGGUCACAACGGCGGUCAUGCUCACGGCAUGUGAAUAAGACAUAAUCUGGCGUCACCGGGGUCGAUGUUCAUAAUUUCGCAUUCAGCUUUCCGCUCGUUAUCUACUUUCUACCUUGGAGCGCAUUCAUUUUCAUGACCCCGUCGUAACGGUUUCCCAACUUACAAAAUCUGGACUUGCGACUUUCUAACGGAUCGGGCGCGGCCAAUGUUGCUCAUUGUCAACCGCACUACUUAUUAUUUACUUUUAC